AAAUGGCAACCAAUUCUACAUGGACUAGGGAGGAAGACAAAAUGUUUGAAAAUGCAUUGGCCAUUUUUGACAAGGACACACAAGAUAGAUGGAGUAAUGUAGCAAAGGCCACAGGCAAAACUGAAGAAGAGGUAAAACUACAUUACCAAAAACUUGUAGAAGAUAUCGAAAACAUCGAGGCUGAUCUAGUUCCCUUGCCUAAAUAUAAAGAGGUAAGUGUUGGUCAUGACAACAAAGCAAGGACAACGAACAAAGCAAAAACAAGUGAUAUAAAUGAGAGUGAACUCUCUCAAGCUCAAUUAGAAGCAAUAAAUGGCAAUGAAGAUGGAGAAAAGGAUAUUGCUAAUUAA